AUGUCAACCGCCUCCGCCUCCGUCUUCCUCUAUCAGCCUCCUCUUCCGCCGUCUCCGCCACACGGCCCCAACCACUCUUACCUCACAACUCUAGGCUUCGGCUACUCCAUAGCCAUAGCUCUCGGUUUCCUUGUCCUCCUCUCCACCGUCCUUUUAUCCUCAUACAUCUGUUGCCGCGACUCUCGCCGCCGCACAACCGCCGUUGAAUCCACCGGAGAACGUGACGGAAGCGUAAUCCUCCCCCGCAUAAUCUUCGUCGCCGAGGAAGACAACGAAGAGGGUGACGUCGUCGUUGGUCUCGAUCAAGCCGUCAUAAACUCCUACCCCAAGUUCCACUUCUCUAAAGAAACUUCCGCCGCAUCCUCCGAUGGCUUUGGCGGCGGAGGAGAUACGACGUGUUCGAUCUGUUUGUGUGAGUACAAAGAAGCGGAGAUGCUGAGGAUGAUGCCGGAGUGUAAACACUACUUCCACCUAUGCUGUCUUGACGCGUGGCUUAAACUCAACGGAUCUUGUCCUGUUUGCCGGAACUCGCCGCUUCCGACGCCGACAUCUACGCCCUUGUCUACACCUUUGUCGGAAGUUGUGCCGCUCUCGCAGUACGCCGCCGAUCGGAGGAGAGCACGAAGAUGA